AUGUCAGGCUACAUGUCAGGCUACAUGUCAGGCUACAUGACUGGCUACAUGUCAGGCUACAUGUCAGGCUACAUGACUGGCUACAUGUCAGGCUAUAUGACUGGCUAUAUGACUGGCUACAUGUCAGGCUACAUGUCAGGCUACAUGACUGGCUACAUGUCAGGCUAUAUGACUUGCUACAUGUCAGGCUACAUGUCAGGCUACAUGUCUGGCUAUAUGACUGGCUACAUGUCAGGCUACAUGACUGACUACAUAUCAGGCUACAUGUCAGGCUACAUGUCAGGCUACAUGCCAGGCUAUAUGACUGACUACAUGUCAGGCUACAUGUCAGGCUACAUGUAUGGCUAUAUGACUGGCUACAUGCCAGGCUAUAUGACUGACUACAUGUCAGGCUACAAGUCAGGCUACAUGACUAGUUACUAA